GAGAUUUCUUCCCACAAAAGCAGACAUAGAGAGAGAGAGAUAAUGGCGGAGCUAAUGGAGUCCGACGUGAUGUGGCCGGAGGACGUGGACCGUCAGAUGAGCGGCAAACGGUCUGCUAAGCCGAACAGCCGCAGCGCAGGAGUCGCAUGGCGGCGAGAGAAAACGAAGCCGGUAAGCAUACCGGCGGCGGAGACGCGGCGGCCGUUCGAAGAAUCGGAGUCGGAAUCAGAGACGGAAGAAAUGGUUCCGCCGCACGUUCUGGUGUCACGCAGAUGGAGCUCAGCUUCGGUUGCUUUCUCGCUGUCUUCCGGUCCCGGACGCGCACUAAAAGGCCGCGAUCUGAGACACGUCCGCAACUCCGUUCUCCGGAUGACCGGCUUCCUGGAAAACUGACGGGAGCUUUUAGGUCAUUGCAUGCACCUGCAGGACACUGCACCGGCAUUCCUAAUGCUUUGUUUUUUUUUUUAAAUAAAAUAAGAUAAUUAUGGAAAAAAUAAGCAGUUGAGUUAUUAUUGGUGGCGAUUAGUACGACUGAUCAGUUUUGUUUGAGUGCACGUUGCGUUUCUUUACUGGAAAAUAUAUUAUUUUAGAAAAAAAAAAAAGAAAAUUGUUUGAAUUUUA